AUGUCUGCCGUCAAGUCUUCGCUCGAUCCCGACUUCUUCACCCCCCUCGGCACAAGCCUGCCGUCCAAUGCCCAUCGCUCUUUCCAUGCCUCCCAUUCACACAUGCCUACCCCAUCGCUGCUUUCUCAAGAUGAUCUCGCCACGGUUUGGUCCUCGUCCCGCCCUUCCGUCGAGCUAGUUUCACGUGCCGCGAAGAAGUGGGUCUCUGGCCACCCCAACGGACGCCUCGACAUCCCCCGUGAUGCCACAUUCGACGAUCGCAUCCUACGCUUCGAACCCUGGGACUUCUCAGAGGUCGCCCUCGCCACCGAUGAGGUCCGUACCGCCUUCCAGCGUGGAAGCGCCCGAGCGGAGCGUCCUCCCCGGGAAGGUGUGUGCGGUACCUACUUUAUUCGGGGUGGAAAUGGUGAUGUGCUCUGCGUCUUCAAGCCGGUCGAUGAAGAGGCUACUGACAUUGACAUGUCUCCCCCUGCGUUGCCUGCACCGCAACCCAUAAGUCUGCGCUUUGGGGAGGACAAUGGUUCAGAGUUCUCGCUUGGGCCUGCUCAUGGGGGCUUUUCUUCAUCCCCACUCUCACCGUUGCCGGACAGCUUCAAUUAUUUCUUGCAUCGCACCAAGAGUCUCAGUUCCGACUCUGGUGACGAGGGUAUCACCAAUGAGUCCUUCUCGGGUCGCUCUGGCGGCUUUCAUGCGGGAGAAGGCGCGUACAAGGAAGUUGCAGCAUAUUUACUCGACCAUGAUCGCUUUGCCCGGGUGCCCCAGACAGCGCUUGCUACUUGCAAAUUCUCGUCAGAUGUCCCUGAGAAGAACCAGAAGGCCAAACACAUCCGUGCCCAUUCCAUAUCUACGACUGGUGGGGAUGACGUGUUUGAGGAUGAUGUCAUAGAGAAGUCCACGGUUGGCUCGCCUGACGAUUCUUUCUCGCGUAUGAGGACAAAGAUGGGUGCUCUACAAGUCUUCAUGAAGAACGUGGGCGAUGCCGAUGACUUUGGACCUGGCGUCUUCGACAAGGAACAAGUGCAACGUAUUGCCAUUCUUGACAUCCGGACGCUUAACCACGAUCGUCAUGGAGGGAAUAUUCUCGUCACCAAGUCGAUCGCCCCGAAUCGCCGUUAUAAUCUUGUUCCCAUCGACCAUGGAUACAUUUUGCCGGAGACGGUGCAAUCCAUUCCAUGGCCAGUGUGGAUGGAUUGGCCUAUGGUGCGGGAACCACUGUCAGACCGUCUGAAGAAUUACAUUGCACAUCUUGACGCGGAUUCUGAGGCAAACAUUCUGGACAACGAACUUGAUGGCAAGCUUCUUCCUGGAUCGCUGCAAGGUUUGAAAAUAGCCACGAUGUUAUUACAAAAGGGUGUUGCUGCUGGUUUGACGCUUUAUGAUAUCGGUUUGAUGAUGUACAGUCGCCGGGACGAACCGUAUCACGUGUCAGAGUUGACGAAGCUCAUCAAUGAAGCGGAAGAGGCAAACGUGGCGCGGGAACGCAAUUUUUCUGACCUGGAGGUGAAAAUUCAUCCGCCAUUGCCAAUAAGUGGAGACGAUCAUCUUCAUCGCCGCCAUCAGAGCAUGUCGUCGCUCUACGUGCCCGAGUCUUUCAGUGAAGAUUACGUGACAAAGUACGCAAAGCGCAGGAUUCACGAUGUAAUUGCACUAGCCGCGGCAAAGAAGGAGAAUGAAAAGAAGCGGAACUCGACUGGAGGUCGCAAGAUUCCACGGUCGAGGUCGAUUCCGGACUUUGGAGUCCGAAUCAAGCCUCUGCAGGCCAUCGUGAAUAUGCCUGAGGGAGGCCUUGUUCCGGCACCAACGCCGGCAAGUUCCCCUGUGGCAACUACGUCUAGGUCGCAUUUACCAACAGAAUCGCUCGAGGCGCAAAUGUUUUCUAGAGGUCGUGCUCCGUGCCCACAGUUUCAGAUUCCGAUUGACGAUGGAAUGAGUCGCAUUGCCUUGCCAGAGCCUAUUCCGAUGCCGGCACCCGAUACAAGCCUGUUCCGCCAUCCAUCUGUGCCGGUGCCCUUGAAGGUGGGCAGAGAUCCCCAGCCCUUGGUCAUGGACCGUUUGAGUAGCGGGGGACUGCCACCUUUAUUCAAGCCAUCCGUGCGGAAGUCUUCGCCAGUUGCUCCUCAGGAAUUUAUGGCAUGGGAGACAGGCUCAUCGUAGCAUUGUUGUAACAGCACUUGAGCAGUAAGAAGAGAAUUGGAUAUGGAACACCACCCCUAUCUAGCUGAGGUGUCCGAUGAGGAACGCCCUCCAGCAGUUGCGAAGAACACUUGUGAAGUUUAUGUAAAAUUGGUUCACUAACAUUAAACUUUUGCGGCCGUUGUCCGUUACCGCCAUGGUCGGUGACUGCCGGUCUGCAAUGUUUUCC